CAGAACCAGAAAACCUAGGUGCCGGGUAGGUUUCUUCUUCACUCCAAAUCGAGAGAGCCGCAGGAGCGCUCCGCCACCGCCGCCGUCGUCAUGGGUCGUAUGCACAGCCGCGGAAAGGGUAUCUCAUCGUCGGCGUUGCCGUACAAGAGGACUCCUCCGAGCUGGCUCAAGAUCUCGGUUCAGGACGUGGAAGAGAACAUCUGCAAGUUUGCGAAGAAGGGGCUGACACCGUCGCAGAUCGGUGUUAUUCUCCGUGAUUCUCAUGGUAUUGCCCAGGUGAAAAGCGUCACUGGGAGCAAGAUUCUCAGGAUUCUCAAGGCUCAUGGGCUCGCUCCGGAGAUUCCGGAGGAUUUGUACCAUUUGAUUAAGAAGGCGGUGGCGAUCAGGAAGCACUUGGAGAGGAACAGAAAGGACAAGGAUUCCAAGUUCAGACUGAUCCUUGUGGAGAGCAGGAUCCACCGCUUGGCUCGUUACUACAAGAGGACCAAGAAGCUCCCUCCCGUCUGGAAAUACGAAUCUACCACCGCCAGCACUCUUGUGGCUUAGGUUUUAAUCUCCGCAGGCUGAUGGAUGCCUAUAAUGCGGUUGAUUUACCUCUGGAUGCUGUAUCAGAAUGGAGAGUUCCCUUGUUAGUGAACAAAAUUUGUGCCUUUGUUUCUUUUCACGAAAACAGGACAGCCCUUUGGAUGCUUCGAUUUUUUUUUUUAGCUGACAUUUAGUUGCCCUCAUUUUUGUUUUCAAUUAGCGUAAGUAAUGUGUUCUUGUCAGAUGAGCAAUGGUUGGACAUUUAAUUAUUUUUUAAGGAUAUCUGAUGCUUGCUAUGGGAUAAAAAACAAGGGUUCAUGUUGUGUUCA